ACUUCUGAAAUUUCAGUUGGAAUCUGUCCUCUCGGUGGAAAUUUUCCUCCAAAUCUUUUGCCAUAUUUUUUACUUUUGCCGUUUGACAGCUGUGGAAAAUCAAGUAAAAGACUGCAAACUUUUUAAGAUCAUGCUCGUGUGAAAAAGGAGAGUUACCAUUGCCCAAGCCGAAGUGUAACGCCAUGACAUCCGUGAAUCUUCUUUGUUCUCAUCCGCUCCCUCCUAAUCCGAGAUCUUCCCAUUUUAGUUCUGAUUCACUAUCACUGCUUUAUCGCCCAGUCACGGCCUCACGGGCAUCCACCCCCACCUCCUGCAUAUUUAUUGCGGAGAAUUCCUCUCUGUUCAACUUCACUGUAGUUGCUUCACCAUUUUCAUGAGAAUUUUCAAGUUUGUAACUGAAGAUACCCCACAAUUCUCUUUUUCCCCUCAAAUAUAGAACACCCAUUUUUGAGUUUUGAAGUUUGGUAAUGGAACUCCGAUCCGGCUUCAUCCUCUUGCUGCUCUCUGUUGCCGUUUUCGGAUUUUCAGUCCUUGUUUCCGGCAAGGAAUGUACGAACAUUCCGACGCAGCUCUCGUCUCACACCUUGAGGUACGAUCUCCUCUCCUCUUCGAACGCCUCAUGGAGAGAAGAAAUGUUCUCGUACUACCAUCUGAUUCCGACCGACGAUUCCGCUUGGUCGACUCUACGCCCCCGAAGGAUUAUGAGAGAAAAUGACGAGGAAUUCAGCUGGGCCACGCUGUAUAGGAACAUGAAGUAUUCAGGAAGACCUGGAACGGCCGGAGAGACUGGAUUUCUCAAGGAGGUCUCUCUGCAUAAGGUUCGGUUGGACCCUGAGACUCUUCACUGGAGAGCUCAGCAGACAAAUCUGGAGUACUUGCUUAUGCUUGACGUGGAUAGUUUAGUUUGGAGUUUCAGGAAGACUGCAGGUUUGCCCACCCCUGGUUCGCCUUACGCCGGGUGGGAGGCGCCGAAUUGCGAACUGAGAGGCCAUUUUGUGGGACAUUACAUGAGCGCGUCAGCACAUAUGUGGGCUGCCACACAAAAUGAUGCCCUUCAUGCUAAAAUGUCAGCUGUGGUCUCUACACUAUCUGAAUGUCAGAAAGCGAUUGGCACUGGCUAUCUCUCAGCUUUUUCAUCUGAGCAAUUUGAUCGUUUUGAAGCAAUAAAACCAGUGUGGGCACCUUACUAUACCAUCCACAAGAUCUUGGCAGGAUUGUUGGAUCAAUACACAUUGGCUGGAAACGAUAAAGCUUACCAGAUGGCAAUUUGGAUGGUUGAUUACUUUAGCAACCGUGUGCAAAAUGUGAUAAGGACAUACACAAUAGAGCGGCAUUGGUUAUCAUUGAAUGAAGAAACAGGUGGCAUGAAUGAUGUGUUGUACCGAUUAUACACUCUUACGGGAAACAAAAAACAUUUGGUGCUGGCACAUCUUUUUGACAAACCCUGCUUCCUUGGAUUGCUUGCAGUUCAGGCUGACAGCCUGUCUGGUUUCCAUGCCAAUACACACAUACCAGUGGUUAUUGGUUCCCAAAUGCGAUAUGAAGUCACUGGCGAUCCUCUUUAUAAGCACAUAGCUACAUUCUUCAUGGAUGCAGUUAAUUCUUCUCAUACAUAUGCGACAGGAGGAACAUCUGUUAGUGAGUUCUGGUCUGAUCCAAAACGUCUUGCAAGUACACUUCAGACAGAGAACGAGGAAUCAUGUACGACAUAUAAUAUGCUGAAGGUUUCACGCCACCUAUUUCGAUGGACUAAGGAAAUUUCAUAUGCUGAUCACUAUGAGCGUGCUUUGACAAAUGGUGUCCUGAGUAUUCAGAGGGGAACUGAACCUGGAGUCAUGAUAUAUAUGCUUCCUCUUGGAUCCGGAGUUUCCAAAGCUCAUAGCUAUCAUGGCUGGGGAACACCAUUUAAUGUUUUUUGGUGCUGUUAUGGGACAGGUAUCGAGUCCUUCUCGAAGUUGGGUGAUUCUAUAUACUUCCUUGAAGAAGGUGAUGCGCCUGGCUUGUAUAUUAUCCAAUUCAUAUCAAGUUCCCUUUCAUGGGAUGCAGCAAACCUUAUGCUGUCUCAGAAAGUUGAACCUGUUGUUUCAUGGGAUCCUUUUAUGCGAGUAUCACUGGACUUCUCUCAAAAGGGGGGAGACAUUAAACCAUCGAAGUUGAAUGUGAGAAUACCAUCAUGGACAGACGAAAAUGGUCUGAAGGCAAAAUUAAAUGGAAGAGAUUUACCCGUACCAUCAGCAGGUAGUUUCUUGUCUCUGACGAGAAAAUGGGUAUCAGCCGACAAACUGUAUCUACAAUUUCCAAUUGGUUUAAGGACAGAAGCUAUCAAAGAUGAUCGCCCUCAGUAUGCUUCUCUUCAAGCACUACUUUUUGGUCCUUAUCUUUUGGCUGGCUUGACCGAUGGAGAGUACAACCUAUAUGCCGGUGCAUCACAGUCUUUAGAUGAAUGGAUUACUGCUGUACCGCCCACUUAUAAUUCUCAAUUGGUCAGCCUUACUCAAGAUUCAGACUCGGGCAUUCACGUGUUCACCCAUAAAUUAGGUUCAAUAACAAUGGAGAAACUUCCUGCAUCUGGCACUGAUUCUGCAGUCUAUGGUACUUUCAGGCUUGUGAUGGCAAAUGACAUAGCUGUAGGAAUGCUUCCCUACUCUGACAUAAUUGGAAAAUCUGUCAUGUUGGAGCCUUUCAGCAUGCCAAAAAUGGUGGUGGUGCAUGAGGGGCUGAAUAGCAGCCUUGGAGUGAUGGCCGCUGAAAGUGUGCCAGAAUCUGGCACAACAGGCUCUACAUUUCAGGUGGUGCAAGGGCUAGAUGGAAGAAACGAUUCGGUUUCACUGGAGUCUGCAAGUGAGCAAGGUUGCUUUAUUUAUACAGGUCCAAAUUUGUCUGCUGGACAACUUGUUCAACUUGGUUGUCCUGGUCAAGCGGAUGCAGAAUUCAAGCGUGCAGCAAGCUUUGGAGUGGUCGAUGGGAUAAGCAAAUAUCAUUCAAUGAGUUUUAUGGCUAAGGGAUCGAAGAGGAACUUCUUACUGGCUCCUCUCUUCAGCUUAAGGGAUGAAUCUUACACUGUAUAUUUCAACAUCACUACAUAAAGGAAACGGAUGCGAAGGUAGGCAGGGAGGAGGAAAAUGGACGGAAAGAUAAGCAAGAGUAGAAUUAUUGACUUUUCCAUUGGCGCUUUUUAAGCAAGUUGUGGUGUCCUGCCAUAACAUUCUCAUUUGUGAAUAGGUGAUUAUUCUAGAGGGGGACAGUUUAGAUAAUCUUUAUGAAAAUAAAGAACAGAAUAAAUUCCAGGUAUUCCUUUAAAAAAUGUGGGAUAUUGGAAAUUUCUGGCAAAUUUCUUGGUCUUUGUUGGGUCUUCCACCUUUCAAAUGGCAUUAUUAUUAUUUUUUUCUUCUGAUGUACACAACUUCAUGACGGUACUAUAAUACCAUUUCACUUAUUUUUCCCUUUUA